CCCAUCCCCACUGAAAAAGAAAAGAAAAAAAAAGAGGAAAAGCAGCGAGCGAGAGACCGGGGGACGGAAAUGGUCGUCGCCGUCGCCUCACCUUCGUCGGCGCCGGGGCCGGGCGCCGCCGGCCGCCCCCACCCGACCUACAAGGAGAUCUCCUUGAUUUGGUGCAGAUGAUCCUGCGGGCGCUCAAGGAGCUUCCAGAUCCGAUCAUCUCCAGCCGCCGUGCCAUCGCCAAGUACAUCUCCGACAACUUCUCCGGCCUCCCUUCUCACCACGACGCGCUCCUCACCGUUCACCUCCGCCGCCUCAGGUCACAGGGCCUUCUCCUCAUGUCUGGACACUCGUACCUUCUCUCCACCUCCGCCACCGCCGCUCGAGGACGGGGACGAGGACGACCGCCCAAGAAAGCUUCCUCCUCCGCGCCGCCUCAAAAGCGCGGACCCGGCCGACCCCGCAAGAAUACAGCCCUGUUUCCGGUUCCUGUGCUUGAGGCGAAGCCUGGGCGCGGGCGACCCCGGAAGAACCCUCUCCCUGUGGCUUCCUCCACCUCCUCUGCUGCUGCUGCUGCUACGGCGUUGAGCCUGAGAGUGAAGCGGGGACCUGGGAGGCCGCGCAAGAAUGCUGCUGCUACCCCGUUGAGACUGGGAGUGAAGCGGGGACCUGGGAGGCCGCGCAAGAAUGCUGCUGCUACCCCGUUGAGACUGGGAGCGAAGCGGGGACCUGGGAGACCGCGCAAGAAUGCCACUGCUACGCCGUUGAGCCUGGGAGUUAAGCGGGGACCUGGGAGGCCGCGCAAGAAUGCUGCUGCUGCUGCCUCUCCCGUUGCUCCGCCGCCUGCAUCUCCACUGAAGCGGGGUGUUGGACGCCCAAGGAAGAACGCCACUCCUCUAGUCAAGCCUGGACCUGGGAGGCCGUCUGGAUUCAAACGUGGACCAGGCCGCCCUCGCAAGAAUGCCACUCCUCCUGUGCUGUCAGUGCCACCCACUGCUGCUGCUGUGUUGGGAGUGAAGCGUGGCCGUGGGCGCCCUAGAAAGGAUAAACCAUUGCAAUCUUGGUCUGUGCUCUCUGGCGGUGCUGCAAUGACUAAGAGAGGGCCUGGGAGGCCAAGAAAGAAGAGGCCACUGGAAGCUGGAGGUGUUGUGGCAGCACAGGUAGACACUGCAGAUGGAGGUGAGGCUGGAGCCGUUCAAAAUGGAGGUGAAGUUAGGUGUCUGCUCUCUGAUGGUGCUUCUUCAAUGGGGAACAGAGGGCCUGGGAGUCCUAGGAAGGAGGUGCUAUUGGAAAAUGAACCUACAGUUUCUACAUUGGUGGGAAAGAGAGGCCGUGGCCGUCCAAAAAAGGAGAAACCAUCAGCAGCAAGGCCUGCUGAAACUGGAGAUGCUAAAUCAAUGGGGAUCAAGAGAGGUCGCGGAAGACCAAGAAAGGACAGUUCCUUUCAAGCUGUGUUUGCAGAAGCUGCAGGUCAGGUGUCAAGAGAUGUCACAGCAGCUCAGCCCGAAGGAGAUGCAGAUUUACUGGCAAGGAAGGAACCAGAGACUGCAGCUGUAGUUUCGGUGGAGAACAAAGAAACUAGGCCUGCAGAUGCUGGGGGUGUUGUGGUUUCUGAAGAGAAGACAUCGAUUGAUCCGGUGGAGGCUGGAAGUGUAAUGCCAUGUGUUAAUGCAGAAGUUGAUCGCAUGAACUCUGACCUGCGCACUGCUAAUCCAUAGUGUGGCUGGCGUCAGCACUCAGCACAGAAGGGAGGACCUGGAUGGCUGGCACUACCUGCAGGUGUGAAUGUGUAUUCACUGAUUUAGCUGGAGACAUACUGUGAAAACUGUUAAAUGUUGCAACCAAAAUUAUUACUGUCAUGCUGUUAAGUAGUUUCUCAAGAUCAACAUUGGAGUAUGCUUUUAAUGAUAUCCACUUCUCGGAUAAAUUUUUAUAAUAGUCCUUAGGUAGCACAUAUAGUUCCUUUAGGAAUGACUGGAUAUAUCAUAUAUGUUGCUUUUAGUGCACCCAGUGGUGAUGAGAUGCAUCAAUGUUUACUUCCAAUUUGAACAUCCAUUAGUGUUUCAUUCAAUCAAUAUCUCUGUUUUUUCCA